UGCCCGAAGUGUGAAAACUUGCGGCCAUAUUACGCACGAAAUUGUAUGGAUGCGAUUUAUCAACUGGCAUCGUUUGCAUGUCAUCGAAACAGUGCCUUUGCAAACUUGGAGUUUGUCCGUAAAUGUUUUGUAAAUCUGUAUGUUCUAGCUAUGCUAUUGUCGACGAGAAAGAAGAACAAGUUGGCAAGGUUACUAGUGGAUGCCCCGCACCGUCCUUGGGAACAAAUAUUUCGAUGGAUUAUGUGAACACCUCGCUUUCAAAGCCUGGUACACCUUUGCGAAUCAAAGUGCGCAACCAGAUUGUGGAGGGAAAAGUUUCGAAAAUGCCUUUUGCGCAAGCAAAUUAGUACCAUGCCAAAAGACAUAAACAGAGCUAAGCUAUAAAUGUGGGGUAAGAGAUUGCCCAUGUGUGAUCCCAUUAAAGGCUGACAUCGAUUUUUCCUGGAGCGGACCGUUGGGCGGGCUUAAAUGCAGUGUUUUUGGAUGUAAUCACGAGUACGGUCUGCAUGUUCGCUGUAGUUUAUCGGCAGCUGUUAAUCUCGAAUUGAAUUCUUACAUGGGAAACUCCGCUAGCCAUCGCUCCCUUAUAAAUGAAAAUGCUGCAAGUAUCACCGGAUCCACAACUACGGCCCAGCACGCUGAUAUCAGCCCGCAAGGAAGCGGAGCACAAAUUGUUCAGCCGCCAGUUUCUGGAAGCAGAGCUCAGGGUUUCACAGGAAAUGCGGGGCAGGGUCAAUAUCAAGCCUUUAGUAUGGAACCUUACGGCCUGGCAAGUAGUACAGUACAUCCAUUGCGAAACUUCCAGCAGCGUGAGUUGCCUUGGAGUACAUUUGGCGGUGGACAGCCAGGCAUUCCAAGAGCACCGGCACGUGGAUCUGUACCACCUGGAUUUUCAAGCAAUUCGAAUGUGGGAAUUUUAUCUUUGCCGGUCGGCAGUGGCCGGGGCAGCCGGCGAGGCCGUGGCGGGCAGCAGUAUGCAGUCAAGCGACCCAGAACGGAGGAAUUUCGCUCAAUGACCGGUUCAAACCAAUUCGGACAGCCAGUGAAUCAGAGGCCAGUAGUACACCGUAAAUAUCCCAUGGAGAUUUACUUUUUUCGUAGCGCCGAAGGAAAUCAGAUUCCGUCCCAGCGAGUGGGCGAAUAUCAGAUGGAACUAGAUUUCAUGCGGAAAGCGGGACUAAUUCGGCAAGUUGAGUUUGACGUACUGGAAGGUCAUCACAUCUACGCAAAAAUUUCCGAAACGUUUGGGGAUUGUCUUGGCAACCAGGAAUGGACGUUGUUGAGCCGACUUGAUGAGCCGGGAAAGCUGAAGAGUCCGUUUAUUUGGCCAACAGAUUUGGAUAUUUUAUCUCCAUCGUGGGCGGAUCAAGACUUAUACACCGAGAGGGCCGUAAACCAAGCGCGAAGACGCAUGUAUAUCGCUCUAGCUCAUGGUACACUGAAUAUUCCGCGGGAAAUCUUUGAGGAAUUUGCUGCGGAUCAAGGAAGAACUGUGGAAGAACUGGAUUUACGAAACGUUCCAACUGGUAUCACAAAUCCCCGAUCGCUUUUUGGUCUGCGAGAAACAUCCCGUGCUUCUACAUCCGCUUUGGGGAGUGCCUCCCGUGCUUCUACACCCGCCUUGGGGAGUGCCGACCGUGCUUCUACGUCCGGCUUCCGUAGUGCAUCCAGUGCAUCAUUCGGCUUCGGGAGUGCAUCCAGUGCAUCCUCCCGCUUCGGAAGUGCCUCCGUUGCUUCUACAUACGGCUUUGGAAGUGUGUCCGCAUCAAGGAAUUCCUUUCGGGGACGGUUAGACGAUACUUCUCCGUCUCCGCCGUCUUCACCGGAUUUGCCUCGCCGUCGUCGCGGUCGAUUAAUGUUCAGCGAUAGUGCUUCUGGUCGUCAAUUAAACAAUAACGUCAUCGUACUUGGUGACUCGGAUAACAGCGAAGCUGAAGAGGAGAAGAAGAACGUUGUCGCGGCCAGUAGUCCCGCAGUUACAGAACAGGUUAUUGGUUUUGAACGAUUAAAUCGAACAAAAAUUUAUGCUUUUUUAUUUUGCGAUGCGUCGGAUUUUGACGGGCCUUUCAAAGAAUGUAUCACGGAGCUUUUGGAAGGAUUCCGCUCGUACAAGAUUCCGGAUGUUGAUAUGGAAUUAUUCGAAGUGACUGAUGGGAUUACUUUGGUAACCGGAAAAGCUAUUACAACAGAAGGCGGCAUCUCGGCUUUGCGGGCAUUUGGAUUUCUUCUGCGUGAAGCAAUACUUCAUGGGAGUCCGUUUCCUCAGUGGUUUAAUAAUUCCGCUUUCCGGUACGUUCUGAACUUGCCAGUAGAAGUGAAUGAUAUUUUCCGCUUCAACGUUGGAACCGGCGAUACCAUCAAGGACAUCCUAUCGGGCACGGGGCCGAUCGUCUGGGCAAAUGAAACAUCCUUGCAGACUUGGGCAGAGAAUCAUCCAGCUUUCCCGACUGUUGCGUUGGUGCAACAAGGACGCCAGAAAUUGUGUCGACACAUCGCCGAGUAUGAACUGUGCGGGAAGCGAGCCUCUAAUUUAAAAUAUCUAAGUGAAGGUUUGCUGGCCGGAACGAUGGGAAAGGAGCUGAGAGAAAUACGUGCUCAAUGGAAAUUCUUCGAGAAAAGCCUUUAUCGAGAGUUUGAAGAAGGAGACGAUUUGCUGGAAGAGUUUCUGCCGUACAAUGAACAUGCCGAAGAUAUUAGCGAUGAGCUGAUGGCUGAGCAGCUGCAGAUUCCACCAUGA